AUGAGCGGUUCUUUACCUCCUGAACUGCUUACGAUUAUUCUAAAUGAAUGUAUUAAUGACAGAGAAACGCUUCAUUCAUGUAUUCUAAUCAACAAAGACUGGUCCAGACUGGCUGUUUUGUAUCUCUGGGCCAACCCUUUCAAGCUCUUGUAUAAGAAAAAGAAACGACGUGCGAAGCAACAGAUAAUCAAGCAAGGCGAAAAUCUCAUGACAACGUUUGUCGAAAGCUUUACCGACAUGAACAAGAUCUUGGACGGGUCCAGUACUCCAGACACUCAUUACGACAGACGCUCGACAUUUGAUUACAGUUUAUACUUGCAAGAACUCGAUUUCGGAUACAUGAGAAGGGCAAUGAAUAACUGGCUGUCUAUCCGAAAGAUCAAUGCAUGCGAAGAGACACUGACGCUUCGUAUUCUCAUGUCGGUUAUGCAACACAGUCCCCGAUGGUAUGCACUCUAUUUGUAUGUUACCAAGGCACAGGUUUGCACUCAAUUGAGCAAAUUCUUUACGUCAGUCCAGAGUUUACCGCAACUGAAGAAAUUCGCAUGGGCAUCCGCGCGACCGUGCAACGAAGUUUUUGCUUCGCUUUCAAAAGUCGCACAAGACAUGGAAUCGAUCACGAUACAUAUCGAGAACUGCGACUAUAAACAAAAAUUACGGACCACGCUGGCAAGUUUUCUCUCUUCACAGCGUCAACUAAAAUCCCUCAAAUUUCGAAACCUGUUUUGGAACAUGUCUUCAAUCCUGCAACUGCUGAGCAGUAACGCGCACACGCUUGAAUCGGUUUCGAUCGAAUCGAUCGGGUCACGGUGUGACGAUGAAUAUUCCAAGUUUAUCCGGCUCCACACGCUAAAGAGUAUUGAUAUAACUCAGCAUUCGCAUUUAAGCUUUUCACCGAACAAUGUGCGAUCAUUAACAAAAGCCGAUUUGCCGAAUCUACAAAGUCUUGUAUUAGCCGGAACUGGUUUUUCAUCUGAAGUUUUGAUGGCGAUAAUCCGCAAACAUAAGAAGAUGCUGACCACGUUAAAGAUUGGGAAUACGGUCGUUGAUAGUUCAGUUUGUCUGACUAUUCGAGAAUCUUGCCAAAGUCUUGAAAACCUGUCAGUCGUCGUAUCAGAGGCUAAUAUAGCGCCAGUCGCCGACAUGAUUGGAAAUCUACCAAACUUGCAUUCGGUAAAACUGACUUGGGAUUUAUUGGGAUGGAAAACUGAUGUGAACGAACUUUUCAAUGCCCUUGCUUCUUACUAUCUACCUUGUUUAUACAAAUUAGAAAUAACUCAAAUAUUAGGGUUUCAACCUCAAUCUCUACAGAACUUUUUAUCAAAAUCAAAACCUCCGCUUAAAGCGUUGAUCCUUGACAAUCGAUAUCAUGUCGUCGAUGAGCAUCUUAAAGUAAUAUUAGAUAAUCUUGGUGAUACACUUCGGUUGUUGAGACUUUAUUACAACGAUAAAUGUAAAGGCCUUAGUGAGCAGCGUAUUCGACAAGUAGCGCGCGUAGUAGGAAAUUUCAAAAAGUUUGACGUUAAGGAGAAAUUUAGCAAUCAACAAAAGAGCAUUUGA